AUGACCUGUGCCCUCACCUACAGAGAGGGAGAACAAGUCGUGAUACAGGUCAUCUCCACCACUACCACCAGCAUCUCCACCACCAUCACCACCUUCGCAACCACCUUCACCACACCCACCGUCUCCUCCUUCACCACCGCAUCCUUCUCCUCCUCCUUCACCUCCUUCUCCUCCCUCACCACCUUCACAUCCCUCCGCACCUCCAGACUCGCCUUCAGUGCUCUCCUCACUGCUGGAGCUGCUGCUGCUACUACCACCACCGCCACUAACACCUCCCUCUGCACCCCCUCCGUUUGCGUCUCCACCACCACAGCCUCCGUCACCACCUCCAUCGCCACCACCACAUCCUCCGUCACCACCUCCGUCGCCACCUCCGCCAGCACUGCCAUCACCUCUUCCGCACCCGCCUCCGCCGCAUCCGCCAUCUCCACCACCGUCACCGCCUCCGUCACCUCCUCCAUCACCUCCUCCGCACCCGCCUCCGCCGCAUCCGCCAUCUCUACCACCGUCACCGCCUCCAUCACCACAUCCGUCGGUUCCGGCAUCACACGUGCCUCCACCUCCUCCUCCUAA